AUGUCGUUUGCUGCUGAGCGAGAACGUCGUCAAACAGCCGGUAAUCGUCUCAAGCGUUUGCUCGAACAACAGGAAGAUCCCGAUGAUGAAUUUUAUGGUACAGCUUAUGGUGGUUUUCUCGAUGAAGAAGAAGAUAAUGAUUAUCAUUCAGAAGAUUCGGAAGAAGAUGUUGUUGAUUCAGAUUUUGAUCAAAAUGAUGAACAACAACAACAAGCUGAAGAUGAUUCAGAACAAACAGAUACAAGUAAAAAACGAAAAAAUGAGGAAGAUAGUGAUGGUGAUGAAACAUCAAAACGUAAAAGAAAAAAAGUUGUUUAUCAAGCGCAAAGUCUUCAACAAGAAUUAAAAGCUCAGAAAAAAGAAGAGCAAGAAAAAACAGGAGAUUCGAAAUUAACUCGACAACAACAGAAAAAAGUGAAUACACCUAACAUCGAGGCUAAAACAUUACGCAAUUCUACUAGUGUUAAACGAGUUGAACUUGAAAAACGACAAAAAGAUCGACAAGAACGUCGUAGUUAUCUUAAAGGUGUUGCUUCAUUACGAAAUACUCGAGAAGUUAGAAAACUUACUCAAGAAGAAUUACUUGAAGAAGCUAAAAUAACAGAGGAAAUUAACAUGGAAUCAUUAGAGGCUUAUCAACAAAUUGAAUUAAAGAAGAAAGAAAAUAAACGUAAUAAAUUAAUUCAUGAAUGUCCACGUAUUUGUUCAAGUUCAAUGACAAUUUUAAAUGAAACAAAUGAUCAAUGGAAUGAUAUUCUUGAUCCAAGCUAUCAAUUAGAAGCAAUACCAGAACGAUAUUCACGUACAUUUGUUUCAUUUACACAUCUUCAAACUUAUAAUGAUACAUUUUCAAAACUAAAUGCAUCAAAUCGUCAUCGACGUCGUUUAUGUCCAAUAACAGGAAUGCCUGCACAAUAUUUUGAUCCAUUAACACAAAUGCCUUAUGCUACAUUAGAAGCAUAUCAAAUUCUUCGACGAAUUCAUGCUGAAGAAUUAAAAAAACAAAAACGAACAACAUCAGUUUUAAUUGAUGCUCAAAGAGAUGUUAAUCUUAAUAUUCUUCGUUGA